CAGAGGAACUCAUCACAUCACAACGCGUCCAGGAGCCGUCCACCGAAGUGCCGAGAAUUAACAUCGGAGCCGUAAAAUAACACCAGUGAAAACGUGACGAGGAAUUAGCUGAACGACAUUACUUUGCCUCUCAGCGUAUACAGUUUAGUUUUUCCUCUCUAUUUAUAUUUUUUCCUCACAACUGCCGUUUCACUUUGGAAGUUAAGAUGAGGAGUCUGUGGUUGUUUUUCCUCGUCGGGCUGGCGACUGGGUUAAUCAGUGAAAAACUUUUGGUCUCCUCCCAGUCACCGUUUUCCACAGCAGAUGACUUGUACCUAGAGGGGCGAACAUCAGGUGAUCUCCCUAUAGAUGAUGAAGAUGGCGAAGAUGAUGGCUCAGGCUCGGGAUCUGGAAAUUACGCUUUCAGAGACCUCUCAGAAACAGAGGAGUUACUCAGGAGGUUUCUCAACUUCUCUAAGACCACAGUCUCCAAAGAAAUGGUUCCAGUUCAGCCACAGCCAACAGCAGACUCUCCUCACAACCCACCAACCACACCAGCAGACAGCCAGGAUCAGACAACAACACCAAACAUAUUCCCUACUGGAGACAACAGGGAUGAGGAGGUACCAGGUAUUGACACAACAGCUGACUGGUUCUUGAAGAGUACCAGCCCCAGCUCCACCAGCAUCCCUCCCACUGAAACCACUGCAACCGAAUUCAGUAUAGACAUCAGUGUAACCAAAGAUACCGACGAGAACAACAUCCUGGAUAGGUGGGAUGUCUUGACAUCCAAAGAUAGUGAAGGUAAAGAUUUGAUCCAAGAGGAAAUGGGCAAUGAUAUGUCCAAUGAUCGAGGCAGAAUAUAUGUGAUUGACCCUCCAGGAGAGGUGACCUCUGAGAACAUGUGGGAGCGGACAGAAGUUCUGGCAGCGGUGAUAGCAUGUGGAGUGAUUGGAUUCCUCUGUGCUGUUUUCCUCCUCCUCCUCCUCGCCUACCGCAUGAAGAAGAAGGACGAAGGUAGCUAUGACCUUGGAGACACCAAACUUUCCACGACAGCCUAUCACAAAGCGCCUACCAAGGAGUUUUAUGCCUGAACUCGGCAAUAGGGACUUUAAAUGGAAUCUUUCAUCUGCCAAUCAGGGCUGAGAAUGGAUCUAUAAACAGCUGAAGAUGGUUCCUGUUGUUGAAGUUUGAAGUCAAGCACCUCUGCUCUUCUUCAGUGCUCUUUAGAAUUUUUUCUUUUAUCUUUCCUACGCUCCUCCUCUGCCAUCAUUUUCAUCUUUUUCUCCACAUAAUGUCCAGAUUUCGUGAAGAAGAGGCCAUAAGAGAACAAAUAAGACUAUUAAAAUACAUUCCUAUCAUUCCAUCCCAGGGAAGGAGUUAGACAUUCAAUACACAGCCUAAAUUUUGAUAAAGGAAUCUUCUCUUGAGUAUCACAGCAGAAAACAACGUAGUCUUGGAAAGUAAUCAACUUUAAAGUAUUGAUAACAUUGUGCCUUUAAACCUACAUUACUUCUCUAUGCUGAACCACGUGGGGCCGGACUUGGUUCUGCAUUACAGACAAAUCAAAUGUCCCAUUUAGCAGAACUAAAUAGUCCAGCUCAGAGAAACAGCACAAGGAAGUAAACAUGAAUAGCCUUAAUGCAUUUUGAAUGCUGUUAAAUGCGACGGUGCCACAUAUGGGAUUAAUACUUCAAAGAACUUUCAAACGCUGAUACCCUUUACCCUUUUAUUUGAGGUCAAAUUUGCUUUGUUAACAUCUUGUAUUGUUACAUUUCAUUUUCUGUACGCUUUACUUUGAAGGGGUUUUUUUUUUGUCAUUAUGAGGAAUGAAUAUGUUUUUUCAUAUGCUGUCCAGUAUUGGUGUGAACGAUUUUGUUACUCUGCAGGUACAUAUUUUUGUUGUUUUCUCUCAGAUAUUUGACAUUUAUAGAACUGACCAAAUAUAAAUGUGCUUUAUUUGUCUUUUGGAAAAUUAUUUUUAGUAGCUUUUUUGAUGUGUUUGCAUAUUUAGAGAUUAUAUUUGUGUAAGCCAUUUUUUAAAGAGAUUUCAGUCUUCAUUGCAUUCAUACAUGGGUAGCCUAAAGCAGGUUAAAGUCCCUCAACCUUGCAUCUGUCUAACAUUAGUAAUAUUUUCAGGACAAUUUUAUUUGGUGACUGGUUGCAGCAAACGUGGGACAGGAUUGCUAAGGUAGAGCCAAGGCUAAUGACUAUAAUUCACAAACCAUAAAAGUGACCAAUGUUGUCUGACAAAAGCCAAAGCACAUUCCUGUCUUACUGUCAACUGUAUAUGGCUGUAAUGGCAGGUUUGAAGUUAAAGGGACAGUUACAGCAUUCAGUGUUUCUUACAGUUUAUAGUGUCAGGGUUUAUUCAUGCAGCAGGGUUGGAGAGUUAAAAUGCAAUCAACGACAGAUAUCUGUUUCUUCUUAACUGUAAUAAGUAGUGUAACCCACUGGGAGUUUCCAACUCUGUAAUGUUUACAAUGUUAGUCUGAGUGCAAGCAUGUCAGGUUUUAAAGACGUUUCCUAAUUCUCUGUCUAUACCUUAACUAGCCAACCAAAGAAGUGUGGGACUUUUAGAGCUUGAAUAAGGAUACAGUUAACAGCUAUGACAACAGGGUGUUAUUCCUUUUUGAUAGCACCUAAUUUUUACUUGUGUGUAACCUGUAAAAAAGUAUAUAUUUUAGUGAAAAUAUUGGGUAUUUGCCCUAUGUAUCGACUGAGGAAUUUUAUCCAGCUACCUACUGCUUAUUAUGUGUCAAAGCAGAAUACUUUUCUUGUCAGCUUUUCAAUUACUGAAAUUUGGGAGGGGGGUGUCUUGAAGCACUAUUAGUGGCCUAAAAAUCUUAAUGAAAAGGUUAUUGGUUAUCAAGAUGACUGAGAUUAAUGGUUGAUACAUACAAAGAGGUGGGUUAAGUAGUUAAACUAUGAGUAGACCUGCCAUUUAUCUACACAUUCUCAUCAAAAUAACAUUGAGUACAGAUUGCUUAUUUCUGUUGUUCUUAGUUUGUAGACUUUGAGUUCCAUGCUGCACAACAAAUUUUAAAUUAGUAUAAGCGGUUCUUUUAUGGGAUCGUUACGGCCAUUUUUGUUGUUAGAUUUUCCUUUGUUAAAGGUCAUUGACCCUAUCUGUUGCAGCAAUUUUCUUUGUAAAAUGUUACAUUAAUAUUUUGCUUUAGUCAAGGCUUCUUAAUAGUGUUUUUAUGAUAUAACUACCAUGGCCAUAAUAGAACUAUAUCUGACUAUUUUAGAACAAUUCUAGACUAUCUGAAUGCAAAUGCAUACUACCUAUUCAUCAUGGCUGGAAUAAGCAGGACGAUCUGAUCACUAACCUACUGUGACUUACUGUUGAUAACAAGAUAUUUUGUGGGCACUUGAAUCCUUAGUGCCUUGCAAUUGAUUGUCUACAUUCACGUAUAGUGUUGUCAUGCUUUGACCUUCGAGCUGCGUAGAACCACAUCUGUAAUAGUUCUUGGCUAGACUGCACAACAACUGAAAUGUCUACUAUGAAAUAUCCCCAUAGAGGGUCAAGACAACAGGUCAGCACUUGCUGACAAUCCAACAGGUGAUGACACUCAAUAACCUUUCUCUAGGAUAUCUGUAAGUUUAUACAAUAUGUUGAUAAUACUAUAAUUUAUACGUAUUAAUUUAUACUUGCUUAGACAAUAGUCCAGGUUAAUAGGUCAGUGAUAAAUUGGGAUUGUACAAUAUUUACUCAUGGUUGAAGCCUCUUUGUGCCUACUGCUCAGUUGUUCAGUUGUUUUUUGUUUUUGAUUAUUUUGAUAUUUAUGUUUUUAGAGUAUUUGACAAGCUUUGGUUCAAUUAAUUUUCGUUAUCAAUUAUCCAUCUUUUUCUUUAUGAAUGACUCUAAUAAAUGAUUAAAGUAGAAUAAUAAGUUCCUUGUAAAUAUUUAGCAACUUUCAUUUUCAUUUUCAUCUAAGUUGAAUAUGAAUUAACUGAUGCCUUGACUUAACAAAUGAUCACCUACACAAUGAUGAGGACCAACCAAAAUUUACUAAUAAGAUGUAUGUGCGAGAGGCGGCCUACAGGGAACCGUGUUGCUGAAAUGGUAUAACUAAGGAGGUUCACUACUGAAUAAAAGAUGUGGCUGUAAUGCAAUGCUGAAA